UAGUGUUUACGUUAUAUAAAGUUUAUCAGCUCGUGGUGAUUGGGUUCUAAAUGCACGCGCCCCUGUUUUCUGACGUCAUUACGGCUCUUUAUAAACCAAAGCAGCGCGUUUUCUCGCAGACCGAAGUUGCCUUCGCAAGGAACCACCCCGCGCGCGCACUUAAAAACUCCACGAGACAUGAGCUCGGCACGCGCUUACUGUGGGUUCAUCUGCUUCGUGCUUGUCUUCGGAAGCGUGGUGCGCGUGGGAAAAUGCUCGCCCCCGACCUGCUACUCGCGCGCGCUCCAGCUGAGUAAGGAGAUCAUGGACGUGCUGGAGAAGACGUACAGGUCUCCGCGCACGAGGGAGUGCGCUGAAUUUUUCCCUAAAUUGUUUCUGGACGUUCACAAUUCCUGUGUGAAAACUAAGCUGCGUGACUUCCUGUAUGCGGUAGAAAGCGUUCCAGUGGAUUAUUGCAGGACACGACCUCGUAUCAUUGUGUUGAAACGCAAAAUCCUCACACUCCACGAGAUCAUAAGCCGUGUGUGCCACCGGGAUCUGGUGUUCCUGUCAAACGACUGUGUGGCUCUGGAUACCGGAAUCAGUGACCCACGAUAUAUGGAAGACACACUGCAACUAAUGGAGGAGACAAGCUGAGCACAGAUAGACAGUUAGACAGACCGACAGACAGACACACACACACACACACACACACACACACACUCACUUUUGAUAAAAAUGUUGCAUAAAGAAAAAGCUAAUACUUUUAGGCUGAAAAUAUGCUAAAUAGACUUGUACACACAUACAUGCACACACACACAAAAACCCACACACAAAAGUCAGUUUGUAUUUAGUGUGUGCAUGUAUGUGUGUGUCUGUGUCGGUAUGUGCAUUCCAGCAGCUGAAGAAAACUUUCCACAGGAAAUAGUUCAAAUAGCCUCUAAGUACUUACACAAAGUGUGGCUUAUUUACCGUAACUCCCCCCCCCCCCCCCCCCCAACACACACACACACACACACUUACUUCACACUUCCCAUAUUCGCUUGUGCAUGCAUUGUGCAAUGGUCCUUAGAGACGGUUUAAUGAGCACUCUGAGUUCUGUCUUUUCAUACACAGUGCUUUACUUUUCAGCGAUGCUGCUUAUCCUGCUUGUUUACCAAAGAAUUCAUGCAUUAUUUUGUCUGCGGUGUCGGGUACCUGUCACAAUUCAGUUUGACUUUCAGUUUUAACAGAAUAGUCUUUCUCUGAUAGUCUUUCAGUGUAACUAGAUCAUUUUAUAGCAUGAGUACAGGUAACUCCAAAAAGUGAUCUCACUUUUAAGGUAUUCAUGAAACACUAUUCCAAGAACAGCUCUGUUGUGCAAUGCCAACUAGCUCUAGCUAUACUGCAGUGGAAAGAUCAUUCAAUAGUUGUAUGUUUUGGCAAAUAGUCCUCCUUGCUCUCCUCGCCAUUUUCUCGCCUUUGCUGUUAAAUUACGUUUACUCUAAUGCUAAUUGGUAAAGAUUAAUAAAUAAAAUUGAUGAUUUCUUUAUGAGCCUCAUUUAUUAAUUAUAGUAAUAGUUCAUAUUAAUCAUGUUUUAUCAUAUUUAAUCAUGAUUUAUAUGUUUGAGUUUAUUUAGAGUGAUGGCAAUUCAUCUAACAGACUUAGUGUUAGCAAUGCUUAUCCCAGUGCUUGUUAAUUUUUAAUCAUAUACAAGACAUUAAACUGAAUAAUAAAGGAAACAAUGAUGAUAAAAGACCAAAUGUAUACCCAAGACAAGUUUUAAUAGCAUUGUUGUAUAAGCAUGUUUUUUAUAUGUCAUUUCUGUGUUAACCUGUUUACUACAAUGCUGGUUGAUUGCCUCUUUGGUACUAGUUCACCAGUUACUUCUAGAUGCUUGAUACUAGUACAUAGUUUAUGGUGAAGACUGUUAAAGUUUUAGUCUGUUACUAGGGGAUUGAAACAAGUCAGCAAACACAAUGUGACUUGUUCUAGGUGAUUGUAGGGUUUUUCACAUUUUCAGAUUAUUCAAAGUAUUUUCCAAUAAAAUAACCUCAGAGAAAAAAUAAAAGACCCUUCCUUAAAAAUUAGCACCACUAAUAUAAUGUAAUAUAAAAAUAGUUAUAAUGUACAGUAUAAUAUGUUUAAGGUUAAUAUGUCCUGUCAUGUACUUGUACACUUGAUUUAAAACUGUAUUAAACUGUUUGUAUUCUC